AAACAAAAUUCCUGCCCAAUAAUCUUAUUCUCCUUUGCAACUCACUGCGCCUUUCCUUCUACACCUUGCCGUCGCCUCCGCAGCAGUCUGCUCUUCAACCUUAGUGCCAGGUUUCUCCGUUUCCAUUCUUGGUUUAUUUAAUUUUCUUUUCGCCAACAGUGCCUUCGUUUCUGAACCUCGAGCAGCUCUCUGUGCUGAACUUUGAUCGCGUACCUUCAUUGGCAAUCCUGCUCUUCAACCAUAGUGCCAGCCACAUCUUCUAUCUGAGCUUGAAGGCUUCAUUGAGCAAUAGAGAGCCAACAUGGAAGUGUGUAUUGAAGAUUCAUGUUUGGAAGGUGAUAGCAAUGCAUUGAUCAUGCCUGCAAAGAAACGUAACAAAAGAAAAGCCAUCAAUAAGGAUAAAGGAGUCCAAAAAAAUAAAAACCCAAAGUUGAGCAAAUCCCAGGAAAGAAAGUUGAAGAAGUUGGAGGAGGAAAAUGAGAAAUCACUUUUGCUCAAGGAAAGCAUUGAGGCAUUAGAGAAAUACAAGAUACCAGAGGAUGCCUUUUCACUUCUGCAAUCAUCAAGGAACAUGAGUCGAGUUGAAACUGUGAAAGAAAAACGCAGAAUGGCAAUACAAUUUUCCAAGGCAGGUCUAGAAGUUUCACAUAGUGAUGAGUUUUUCAAGAUAAGUGUUGAUGGUGCAUCUUGGAAGACCGAAGCUGUACCAUGGCAGGAUCUAAACACGAAUGACCAACCACAGCCAAUUGUAACAAAUGUUGCAAAUGAUUCUUCUGAUUCUUUGGCCACCGGUCUAGAGCUAGGUAGUGGCAAUGAACAGAAGUCCAAUUGCGGAUCAGUUUCUGCCUUCUCAACUGAAAAAUUUUCUGGAAAGGAAAAUUUCAAAUCGAGUAAAGAGGACAUUAAGAUUUCUGCUCCGGCUCUACAUCAUUGUGGUUCUGGAAAGAUCACACAGUUAAUGGCUAACAAUUUACCAGAUUGCACAUUGCAAAGUCCUGUUGCUGCCCCAAUGGUGGUGCAUGUUGUAAGGCCAAAGGAGGUAGAAGAGAAACGAAAGGAUCUUCCAAUAGUUAUGAUGGAGCAGGAGAUAAUGGAAGCUAUAAAUGAGCAUUCUAGUGUUAUUAUCUGUGGAGAAACUGGGUGCGGAAAGACCACACAAAUUCCUCAGUUCCUUUAUGAAGCAGGCUUUGGUUCAAACCAAUCUGUUGCUCGAGGUGGUAUUAUUGGAGUUACUCAACCACGACGUGUCGCUGUCCUCGCUACAGCUAGACGUGUGGCAUUUGAGCUGGGUCUCCAACUUGGUAAGGAGGUUGGUUUUCAAGUGAGGCAUGACAAGAGGAUUGGGGACAACUGUACUAUCAAAUUUAUGACUGAUGGAAUUUUACUACGAGAAGUUCAGAAUGAUGUUCUAUUGAAGAAAUACUCUGUUAUAAUUCUGGAUGAGGCUCAUGAGAGAAGUGUGAACACAGACAUACUCAUUGGAAUGCUUUCUCGUAUCAUUCGACUUCGCCAGAAGAAGUAUGAGGAACAACGACAUAUGAUAUUUUCUGGAGAAAGCAUAAGCCCCCAAAAUAUGAUAUUUCCACUCAAACUUGUUCUAAUGAGUGCCACCUUGCGAGUGGAAGAUUUUGUUUCUGGGGGAAGGUUAUUUCAUAACCCUCCUCCUGUUGUUGAAGUUCCCACCAGACAAUUUCCAGUAACGGUACAUUUCUCAAAGAGAACAGAAAUUGUGGAUUAUAUUGGCCAAGCCUAUAAAAAGGUCUUGUCAAUCCACAAGAGGCUGCCACCAGGUGGCAUACUUGUCUUUGUCACAGGGCAGAGAGAGGUGGAGUACUUGUGCCAGAAAUUACGUAAAGCUUCAAAACAACUGAUUGCUAAUACUGUUGAACGGAAUAUGGGGAAUAAGGUCUCUGCCACAUCUGAAAUGAAUUCUGUUGAGGGAAUUAACAUGAAGGACAUAAAUGAUGCAUUUGAGAUUCAAGGGAACUCAACUGGUGAGCAAACUGACAAAUAUAGCUCCUAUGACAAAGAUAUGCAACAUACUAAUGGGGAUGAACCAGAUGACCUUUACGAUUCUGAAACAGAUAGCGAACUAGAAAUUGCUGGUGAUGAUGGAGAUUUAGGAGACAAUGACAUUUUGGAAAAUGAUGGUAACCUUUUAGGUGCUUUAGAAGGGGAGGGGAGUCUUGCCUCGUUAAAGGCUGCUUUUGAAGUAUUGGCUGGAAAAACUACAUCAGACCCUAAUUCUGAGGGAAACCAGAUUCCUUCUAUGUUGAAAGGCUGUUUAGAGCAAUCCAACCACAUUUUAGGGGGGAAGAAAGGAGGAGAUGUAUGUGUCUCUGUUGGAGCUUUACAUGUUCUUCCUCUUUAUGCAAUGCUUCCUGCUGCAGCACAGCUUCGCAUAUUUGAAGAGGUCAAGGAAGGGGAGCGACUUGUUGUUAUUGCCACUAAUGUUGCUGAGACUUCUCUGACUAUUCCGGGCAUAAAGUAUGUUGUUGAUACUGGAAGGGAAAAGGUGAAGAACUACAACCCCUCUAAUGGCAUGGAAACAUAUGAAAUACAGUGGAUAAGUAAAGCAUCAGCUGCUCAACGUGCCGGAAGAGCUGGGAGAACUGGGCCUGGCCACUGUUACCGCCUCUAUUCAUCUGCGGUGUUUAAUAAUAUAUUUCAAGACUUCUCUUAUGCUGAAAUCUGUAAAGUGCCUGUUGAUAGCAUUGUUCUUCUCCUGAAAUCCAUGAGUAUUGAUAAGGUAGAAAAUUUUCCAUUUCCAACUCCUCCAGAGUUCACUGCCAUGAUGGAAGCAGAACGGUGCUUAAAGACUCUUGAAGCACUUGAUAGCAAUGGAAGAUUGACACCUCUUGGGAAGGCCAUGGCUUAUUAUCCCAUGAGUCCUCGCCAUGCUCGGAUGCUUCUUACUUCUAUCAAAAUUAUGAGAAAGGUCAAAACUUAUGCUAGAGCAAAUCUGGUUCUUGGAUAUGCAAUUGCUGCAGCUGCAGCAUUGAGCCUGUCUAGUCCUUUUCUCAUGCAGUUUGAAGGAAGUCAUGAUAGUAGCAAUGGCCUAGAGCAGAAUGGAAUGGCUAAAUGCAUGGACGAUAAUAAAGACUUGGACAAGCAAGAAAAAUUAAGGAAAAAGAAACUUAAAGAGACAGCUAAAAUAUCUCGAGCAAAAUUUUCAAACCCUACCAGCGAUGCUCUGACUAUAGCUUAUGCAUUGCAGUGUUUUGAACUUUCCAACAACCCAAUGGAAUUCUGCUCUGAAAAUUCCCUACAUCUUAAAACCAUGGAAGAAAUGUCCAAGCUAAGAAAGCAGCUUCUUCAAUUAGUCUUUAAUCAAAAUGUUGAUCACAGGUUCAAGCAGGAGUUUUCAUGGACUCAUGGAACAAUGGGGGAUGUAGAACAAGCUUGGAUGACACCCUCCGGUAGGAACCCGCUUUUAAUGAAUGAGGAGGAGCUCUUAGGCCAAGCUAUUUGUGCUGGUUGGGCUGAUAGAGUUGCCAAAAGAAUCAGAGGAAAUUCAAGGUCAUCUGAAGGAGAUAGAAAAGUAAAUUCAGUUCGCUAUCAAGCCUGCAUGGUUAAAGAAACUGUGUUCCUCCAUCGUUGGUCAUCUCUUUCUAGUUCAGCCCCUGAAUUUUUGGUGUACAGUGAAUUGCUGCAUACAAAACGACCAUAUGUUCAUGGAGCGACAAGUGUGAAAUCAAAAUGGCUUGUUAAAUAUGCUGGGUCUUUGUGCAGUUUUUCUGAUGUUGAGGACCCUAAACCUUAUUAUGAGCCUCAAACUGACCAAGUAUAUCACUGGGUCAUUCCAACUUUUGGGCCUUACCUUUGGCAGUUGCCAUUAUACAGUGUAUCAGUUACCAGUGAUGUGGAUCGUGUGAAGGUAUUUGCUUAUGCUUUACUCGAAGGCCAUGUUUUGCCAUGCUUAAGCUCUGUCCGUAAUUUUAUGGCAGCUCGUCCCAGUAUCAUUUUGGGCCAAGAGGCUGUAGGUGAAAGACGGGUUGGCGACCUUAUGUAUAAGUUAAAGACAUUGUCGAUUGAUAGUUGUGCGAUGCUAAGAGAAGUAUGGAAAGAGAAUCCCAAUGAAUUGCAUUCAGAAAUUUUACACUGGUUUAAGAAGAGCUUUCAUGAUCAUUUUGGAGCACUUUGGACACAGAUGCAUGUUGAAGUACAAUUAGAGCCUCAUGAACGCUUUCUUAAGAAGGUGAAGAAGGAUAAAAAGAAAAAGGAUAUGGGGAGCUAGAUUGGAGAUACUGGUAUAACAUUGUUCCUAUUCUGAAAGAGCUUCCUUGAGUUGUGCCAAAAUAGAAAUGAAGCUUCCUUCACUUGAGUGAAACCGAUUGAUUACAAAGUGUGUAAGGUAAUCCUAUGUGCCUAUUUUUGCUUGUAACAUAGAAGUCUACUGAGUACUGACUGAGGAAAAUUGCAAAUAUAUGAUAAAAAUUGUUUGCAUUUGAGACAAUUGGAAUCAGAGUCUCUGUUGAAUUGUAUGUAACAGAUUAGUUUCUAAUCCUGAGGCAUGCCAUAACCAAUGCUAAGAGCAAGCAACCAAGGAAGGUUCUCUGUUCGAGCCAUAUUAUUUUGCAAGUAAUAAUGGCAGUUUUUACUCUAUAAACUCGUACAGGCACUAUUGUUACCUAUUCUAAUAGGUUCAUCAAAACAUUUUCUUUGUGAUGGUUAUCAGAUUUACAUUUUCUUUGUGAUUUA